AUGCCAGCCACCAACCAGGGCUGGCCCGAGGACUUCGGCUUCCGGCUGGGCGGCUCCGGCCCCUGCUUCGUCCUGGAGGUGGCCGAGGGGAGCAGCGCGCACGCCGGGGGGCUGCGACCCGGGGACCAGAUCCUGGAGGUGGAGGGGUUGGCUGUGGGCGGCCUGAGCCGCGAGCGCCUCGUGCGCCUGGCGCGGCGCUGCCCACGCGUGCCGCCCAGCCUCGGCGUGCUCCCAGGCCCCGACAGCGGCCCCGCUGCCCUGAACCCAGCCGGGCGGGCCCAGCGGUCCGGCCGCGGCCUCGCUUUGGGCCGCGAACUGCUGCGCCUAGCUGGCCGCAAGCGCCCCGACGCCGUGCACCGAGAGCGCAGGCGCAAGGCCCAGGAGUUCAGCCGCAAGGUGGAUGAAAUCUUGGGGGACCAGCCGAUUGCCAAGGAGCAGGUGUUUGCAGCGCUGAAGCAGUUUGCAGCCGAGCAGCGAGUGGAUGACCUGGUGUGGGCUCUCACCCUGGCACUGCCCCGAGAGGCCUGUGGGCCACUCUUGGACAACCUCAGGAUCUUCAUCCCCAAGAAGCACCGAGCGCGCUUCGACGAGGUGGUGUCGCAGGGCCUGCUGGGCAAGCUGUGCCGCGCGCGGAGGGCGCAGGGCGCCCAGCGGCUGCGCCGGAGCCGCAGCGAGGAACGGCCCGAGCGCCUCCUGGUGUCCACGCGCGCCAGCGCCCCGCCGCGCCGCCCGGACGAGCCGCCCCCGCGCAAGGCCGCCUCGCUGGUGGGCUGCCGCGCCGGCCCGGGGGGCGCGCGCAGGACUGUCCGAGUCUACAAGGGCAGCAAGAGCUUCGGCUUCACACUUCGCGGCCAUGGGCCUGUCUGGAUCGAGUCUGUCCUGCCUGGGAGCCCGGCUGACAAUGCUGCCCUCAAGUCAGGUGAUCGGAUCCUCUUUCUCAACGGACUGGACAUGAGGAACUGCUCCCACGACAAGGUGGUGUCCAUGCUGCAGGGCAGUGGAGCAAUGCCCACGCUGGUGGUGGAGGAAGGGCUCGUCCCGUUUGCCAGCGACUCCGAUUCUUUGGAUUCUCCCAACCCAUCAUCAGCGCUCACAUCCCUGCAGUGGGUGGCGGAGAUCCUGCCGUCCAGCAUCCGAGUGCAAGGGAGGACCUUCAGCCAGCAGCUGGAGCAUCUGCUCACGCCUCCUGAGCGCUAUGGGGUCUGCCGGGCCCUGGAGAGCUUCUUCCAGCACAGGAACAUCGACACCCUCAUUGUUGAUGUCUACCCUGUGCUGGACACACCUGCCAAGCAGGUCCUUUGGCAGUUCAUCUACCAGCUGUUGACCUAUGAGGAGCAGGAGCUCUGUCAGGAGAAAAUUGCAUGCUUCCUGGGCUACACCGCUAUGACAGCAGAGCCAGAGCCCGAGCUGGACCUGGAGCCCGAGCCUGAGCUGGAACCGGAGCCUACACCCGAGCCCCAGCCACGCAGCUCCCUGAGGGGCUCCUCAAUGUGUCGCCGUAGCCUCCGGUCCCAGGGCAUGGAGACCAGCCUCAGCUGCGGUCCUGGCGACUGCCCUGAGAUGCCUCUUCCUCUGAUCCCAGGCGAGCGCCAGGCAGGCGAUGGCACCUCCCUCCCAGAGACCCCCAACCCCAAGAUGAUGUCGGCCGUCUAUGCAGAGCUUGAGUCUCGCCUGAGCAGCAGCUUCAAAGGGAAGAUGGGGACUGUGUCCAAAUCCCGGUCAUCCCCGCCAGGCCCCAGCCCAGCAGUCACCGCAGGGCCCAGGACCCUGUCCAGCGUCUCCUGGCACAGCGAGCGGCUCCUGCCCUCCCCCUGCUACCACCCGCUAUGCUCGGGGGGCCUGGCCUCCCCCAGCAGCUCGGAGUCCCACCCCUACGCCAGCCUGGACAGCAGCAGGGCGCCCUCCCCACAGCCAGGCCCUGGGCCCAUGGGCCCCGACAGCCCCCCAAGCCCGGACCCUGCCCGCCCGCCCAGCCGCAGGAAGCUCUUCACCUUCUCCCGGCCUGUGCGGAGCCGAGACACUGACCGCUUCCUGGAUGCGUUGAGCGAGCAGCUGGGCCCCCGGGUCACUAUUGUGGAUGAUUUCCUGACCCCCGAGAACGACUAUGAGGAGAUGAGCUUCCACGAUGACCAGGGCAGCUUUGUAACCAACGAGCGGAGCAGCGCUAGUGACUGUGUCAGCAGCAGCGAGGAGGGCAGCUCCCUGACCUAUUCCUCCAUCUCUGACCACAUCCCCCCACCCCCGCUCAGCCCCCCACCACCGCCACCCCUGCCUUUCCACGACCCCAAGCCCAGCUCCCGCACCUCUGAAGGGCCCCGGGGUCCCACUCAGGCACUGGCCAAGCCCCUCACCCAACUCAGCCACCCAGUCCCUCCACCGCCCCCACCGCCCCUGCCCCCGCCUGUGCCCUGUGCACCUCCCUUGCUAGCCCGGGGCCUUGGUCACCGUCGCAGCGAGACCAGCCACAUGAGUGUCAAGCGCUUGCGGUGGGAGCAGGUGGAGAACUCAGAAGGCACCAUCUGGGGUCAGCUUGGAGAAGACUCUGACUAUGAUAAACUGAGCGACAUGGUGAAAUACCUCGACCUGGAGCUCCACUUCGGCACCCAGAAACCUGCUAAGCCGAUGCCCAGGCCCGAGCCCUUCAGGAAGAAGGAGGUGGUGGAGAUCCUGUCCCACAAGAAGGCCUACAACACCUCCAUCCUCCUGGCGCACCUGAAGCUGAGCCCGGCCGAGCUGCGGCAGGUGCUCAUGAGCAUGGAGCCCCGGCGCCUGGAGCCCGCGCACCUGGCGCAGCUGCUGCUCUUCGCGCCCGACGCCGACGAGGAGCAGCGCUACCAAGCCUUCCGCGAGGCGCCCGGCCGCCUCAGCGAGCCCGACCAGUUCGUCCUGCAGAUGCUGUCGGUUCCCGAAUACAAGACCCGUCUGCGCAGCCUCCACUUCCAGGCAACCCUACAGGAGAAGACAGAGGAGAUCCGAGGCAGCCUGGAGUGCUUGCGCCAGGCCUCCCUGGAGCUCAAGAACAGCCGGAAGCUCGCCAAGAUCCUGGAGUUUGUGUUGGCCAUGGGCAACUAUCUCAACGAUGGACAGCCCAAAACCAACAAGACCACGGGCUUCAAGAUCAACUUUUUGACUGAGCUGAACUCCACCAAGACGGUGGAUGGGAAGUCCACCUUCCUGCAUAUUCUUGCCAAAUCGCUGAGCCAGCACUUCCCCGAACUUCUGGGCUUUGCCCAGGACCUGCCCACUGUGCCGCUGGCUGCCAAAGUGAACCAACGGGCCCUGACCAGUGACCUGGCUGACCUCCACGGCACCAUCAGUGAGAUACAGGCCGCCUGCCAGAGCAUGUCCCCCUCCAGUGAGGACAAGUUUGCUGUGGUCAUGGCGUCCUUCCUGGAGACGGCCCAGCCGGCGCUUCGGGCGCUGGACGGGCUGCAGCGCGAGGCCAUGGACGAGCUGGGCAAGGCGCUGGCCUUCUUCGGGGAGGAUUCCAAGGCCACCACCUCCGAGGCAUUCUUCGGCAUCUUCGCAGAGUUCAUGAGCAAGUUUGAGCGAGCGCUCAGCGACCUGCAGGCCGGGGAGGGCCCGCGCAGCUCCGGGAUGAUUUCGCCCCUGGCAUGGUGACAGCGGCCACGCCGCCGCGUCCUCCGAGGCGUGAGCGCAGAGACGGACGCCGGAGGCUGCGCCCAACCCGGACGCCACCGAGGCCCUGGGCCUCUGGGCCCCAGGCGCUGAGCACGCGGCCCGCCUGCCCGGCCCGGAGCGUGCGGCUUCGGGAGGGAAGGGCCCGGCCGCCGACGCGCCUCCUGCUACCUCAGCCACCACGCUCCGCUAAGCCAGGGACUCUCCGGCGCCCCCAUUCCGCCCCCGCCCGGCCCACUCCCCAACCGCUCGCUUGCUCGCCCCGUGCUCCAUCGGCUUCUUGCGCCACUGUCCUUCUGGGGCCCGCGGGUGGAUUGUAAAGUGCUGCCACCCUGGACGUGCAAACCCCUUUCUCAGCCCACUCUUGGGGGGCCCCCUCGAGGAAACGGCGUGCCCUUGAGCGCGCCACACAGAGGGCUUGAGAGCGAAGGCUGGGGGUGCAGAGCCCGGGUACCAGCGCCCCAGGGAGGAGAGCUGGAAGAAGCUGCACUUGGCUGCAGCUGAGGGGGGGCAGGAGGAGACAGGCAGGGAGAGACAUAGGGAAGGACUGGAGUAGGAAGACCCUCUACGGCAGACUGCAGAAUUGAGGCUUUAUUCCAGUGGACAACAAACUUAAACCAGUUUAGAGGUGGCCAGAUUCGAAGUGGGGAGAUUGGGAGUGGGAUGGGGAUCGUCACGGUAGGGGCAGAGAGAAUGGGGAGAUGUUUAGGCCAUGGAGGAGCAGGAUCUGGCGGCCCACUUCCAGAUUCUCACCUGAUGCCUGUUCCCUGUAACGGGUCUUGUGAGCAGGGGAAGUUUGGGGGCAGAUGACACAACCUGGGACAUGUUUGGGAUUUGAGAGGCUGUUUUAUAUGUGUCAGGGGAUAGAGGAGGGAGUUAUGUGGAUGCUAGGAACAGGGGGGUUGUGGGUAGGAGGGUGUGUGACUUGUUUCAGUUUUUUCAUUCUCCAGUAGGUAGAUCCCUGCAUCCAGCAGCUUCCCCUGUUGGCUCUUCUCUUUUUGCCAGAGAAGUCUGAAGUGCGCUUUCAACCUGUCUCUUGGAUUCUUUCUCUCCCACUACGGUCAAAUGGCUAGUGUUGCCCCUGGGUAGCAUUUGGAACCCAUUCAAUUCUUACCGGCCUCCCACCGGCCUUUCUUUGAGGCCAUCUUUAUUUUUUGUUUGUUUCCUGCUCACAACUACCACAUAAAAAUGUCUAAACCAAAAUCUAUACUUCAAGGGGAAGGGGGGACUAUGGCUAGUGGGGCACAAUUCUCCCCAGCAACUCAAGCUGAGUAGUUUCUGCAAGUUCCCGAUGCCUGUGUCUCUGGGAAACAUUUCAGAAGGUCAGUUAAAAUCCCCACAUGAGAUCUGUAGAGAUAGUAGACUCCCCCAGAGUGAUCCCUACACCCAGGUAGCCCAUAUGGCAUUUUCUUGCAAGUUAGAAACACAUGUUCCCUCCAGGAAUUCCAGCGUCAGGAUUGUGUAAUUCGGCAAGCCAAGCCCUAGCUAGAUUUUCUCCCUAACAUACCUUGUAUUGGUUAUCUAUUUGCCACAAUGCUAUGUAACAAACUGUCCCCAAACUCAUUGGCAUAAAAUGGCAACCACUUACUGCUCAUGA